UACGUACAAAAUCAAAUUUUCGUAGUUUGCGCACACAUUUUUAAAUAUCCCUAGAAAAAAGUGGUUAUAUUACCUUACGGUAAGACACAUAAGUAUCAUCUUUGAAAUAUUAUUAUUUACAUUACAAGAGAUCGACGUUUGAAUUUUAUCAUGUUGUAUCGGCAAGGUAAUAUAAACCGCAGGACAAAAGGAAUUUAUUUCAUUAUCCAUCGUGCGAGCGGUGAAUUCGGAGUAUGUAAUAGAGGACUUACUGAAAGCAUUAUAAGCAGACACUAAACGUAACGAGUCAGGCAAUCGAUUACAGUAAGAUGUUAUCGUUGAAUGUUACCGUCAUUCCAUUUCUGCUAGAGACUCUUAUAUCCGUCGAAAACGUGACGGAAUGGAUGUUUGGUCCAGAAUACGUGUUCCAACUGAACAACACCAUUAUAGUAUACACAGAUCGUAUAGAAAUUCAAGAUAUAACUGCUAUAGUGAAUUGUCGUCUAAAAGAAUCGGCCGAAAAUAAUCUAUGCUGUCAUGCACACGAAAUCAUUAUCUCAAUGAUGAUGCGGCCGGUGUAUGAAAAUAUGAGUAUACUUAAAAUAAGCAGAAUAAGACACAUAAUGUCUUUCAGUUCCCAUGUAAUAACGAAUAAAGUGCCAGACCAAUUAUUUGAAAUAGAAUUUGGGAGACUAGGUGUGCGAGUUUUUGAAAUGAAAACAAGCAGUAAGAGUAAGCAUGCACAUCUUGGUGACAGCAUCAUAGAUGCCAUUGAGCAAUUCCACAUUGGCAUUGAUUUGAGUGUCGCAGCUGGAGAGAGCAUGAAAAAUUAUGAAAACGUGAAAAAUGGAUCACAUGUAAUCAGCUCUUUCCCGCAAAAUGAAAACACGUUAAGAGCUUAUAACUGUACCACGUCAUGCAUCAUUACGUAUACACCAUCAAACGAAUAUAACAAAGAUGGAGAAUUUGAAGUCAGAAGGAAUAAAACGAAAUUCGAUUUUCACCUCAAAUUGCUACCGAUAUCUUACACGAAUCCCAACGGUAAGACUUUUUCGAUAGAGAGAACUAGAAUGGCAUGCUCUUAUAAUCCGCAAUACCUCAGUCUUUUUGACAAGAAUUGGAAGAUUCACAACGUGAUAGAAUAUUUUAAUAAAAUGGAGAUCCGUGAUAAAGAACCGAAGUUCACAAGUCACACUCAUUUAGACGGGAAUGUAUUUUCCCAAACACUUUGAAUUACUUUUCGAUAGAUGUGCACCUCCACCUACUCCGUAUUAUACCUGCACAGACUAAUUAUGCAAGUGUAUUUGAAUGAGACCGUUAUGAAAUCAAAGAGAAAUAGGAUAGAUAAAUAAUUAAUUAAUAAAUAAAAUACACCGAAAGAUAAGAGAUCAAUAAAAUCUGAGAAGGCAAAGCGGAAUUUGUCGUUAAAUAGCUGUUCAAAUGGUUGAAUAAAUAGAAAAAAAUUGUAAAAACAUUCUAAGAACAUUUGUCAAACUGAUGAUUUCUUUCUCGUCUUCUAAUCAAUGAGGGAUAGCGGAUUUUAGUUAACUCUUGUCAGUAAUAGUCGGAAUAACCAUUUUUUGUAAAAAAUGAUAUUUUAAUAAUUUAAUAUUUUUAUACUAUAUAAUAUACAAUAUUUUAACAAAAUGGAGAUCCAUGACAAAGAACCGAAGUUCACAAGUCACACUCAUUUAGAAGGGAAUGUAUUUUUCCCCAAAACUUUGUAUUACUUUUCGGAAGAUGUGCACCUCCACCUGAUGUGGAAAAUAUUGUAUUUUUGUAAUAUUAUGAUAUAAUAAAUCAUAUACGAAAUCUAUACAGAAA